AUGAAGGAUGACGGAGGUGCUAGUGAAAUCCUUGCGUUGAAGAGUAGGUCUUGGAGAAGAAUUGAUGAAAAUCCUCGUGGCCGUUAUAGCAGGUUGUACAGCAUGGACUCUCUGGCAUUUGUACAUGGGGCCUUUCAUUGGAUCGGUGUGGAUAUAUUUACUAAUUAUUAUGUGGUUUCAUUUAGCAUAUCAAACGAGGUGUACGGAGAGAUACCGUUCCCACCGCUAGAAGAAAGAACUUGUGAUCCUGACUGGAUCCCUUGCGGACACUCUGGUAUUUCAGUAUUGGGAGGACUGCUUUGUGCUUAUUAUAAUCGUUGGAAGAAGGCAUCCUCCACUUUUAAAGUCUGGGUUAUGAAAGACUACGGUGUUAGUGAAUCUUGGACUGAAUUGUUUACCAUAGGGGCGAACCAUCUUUAUAGAGCCAUACCGAAAGGGAUAUCCCUUGCCUUCCAACAAGGAUUUGUUUUUACAAAAAGUUUGAUCUCUCCAAAAUUAUUUACUUAG